AUGUAUUUCUACUGUUGGAUACCCGCGCUAGUUAUUGCUCUGUUCCUGAACCUCGACGUCGUUUCAGCUUCAAGCUCCCCCGCGCGACCAUUGAAGCGUGUUGAGCACCCAUCGAUACUCGCUAUAGAGAUACUACCCCGGAAGCCAUCGUCUCGUCACGGUGGCAGACGCGCCCUUCCGCUCGACUCGUCUGUUCUUACACACUCUGAUACCUUUCGGCUGAAGCUUUCCGCGUUCGGCGACGUAUACCAUCUGCAUCUACGACCUAAUGAGCACCUAAUCCACCCCGCUGCUCGUAUUAGUCAUUAUCACACUUCACCUGACGGACAGAAUGUCCGGAUACACACUGAGCCAUUACUGCGGGGCUCCGUGAAGGCCUACUGGGGGGAGGUCGUACCCGCGGACGCCUCCCCAGACCGACUGCGCGAAGAUGCUGCUGGAGUUAUCGCGCGACCGUGGACGGACCCUGCACUCGGCUGGGCGCGGAUCGUUGUGCACCACCAAGGCGACGCCGCGAAGGGGAUUGCACCACUGUUGGAGGGCGGGUUCUCGGUGAAUGGUGUGGUGCACCAUGUCAUGACGAAGGACAACUAUCUCCGCAACAAGCUCGAGCUCGAUCCCCACAUCUCGCUCUCGGACGCUGACGCGGACUCUACCCUUGUCGUCUGGCGCGAUUCAGAUAUGAUGGGCCCGCACGAAUAUGCGGAGGGGAACGUGCACACGUGUGGGCACGAUAAUCUGUCAUAUAACACUGACCCUUCGCUCAAUUCGGUGCUUCGCAAGCCCUCUCCUUCGCCCUUGAAUCCGUGGUAUGAUCCUCUCGGAUUGCUGAACACUCGCAAUGCCUCAGAUAGCGGCCCGACCAAACGUGAUGAUGUCGCGGGAGGCAGCAUGUCUUCGAAUUUCUCGGGCAACAUUGGCUCAACCUUUGGCUGUCCUACAACCGAGAUGAUAGUUUACAUGGGCGUUGCUGCGGAUUGUGAAUAUACCAGCCAUUAUGGAUCCAAGGAGAAUGCGACACAGCAGAUCCUUACCAACUGGAAUUCAGCCAGCGCUUUGUACAAGUCAACAUUCAACGUCACUCUCGGGAUUAUCGAGCUGCAGGUCCAAGACUCAAGCUGUCCAAAUGCCACCGAUCCUGCGGUCCCGUGGAACGUUGCCUGCUCGUCAAGCAUCUCACUCAAUGAGCGCCUGUCGCUCUUCUCCGGUUGGCGCGGGCAAAAAGGAAAUGAUGGCGCAGGACUGUGGCAUCUCAUGAGUGGAUGUCCGAGCGGUACAGAAGUGGGCGUUGCGUGGCUCGCGACACUAUGCCAGCAGUCAUCUUCAGGGAGUGCUCCCUCGAUUGUGUCGGGCACCGCAGUGACAACUGCUGGGCGCACUGAGUGGCAAGUAGCAUCACACGAAAUCGGCCAUAAUUUUGGCGCCAUUCACGAUUGCACCAAUAGUUGCGGCCUAGCAAAUUCAACUGUUUGCUGUCCCUUAUCUGCAACGACAUGCAAUGCGAACUCGCAAUUCGUCAUGAACCCUGUGACGGAGAGCAGUGAAAUGGCCUUCUCGCAGUGCACAGUCGGCAACAUUUGUUCGUUGAUGAUGGGAAAUAUCGGCGCGGAGGAGAUGACGAACACCACCUGUCUGGUCGAUCCCAACCGGUCCCAACAACUCAUCACGAUGAACAUGUGCGGGAACGGCAUCGUCGAGGAGGGCGAAGAGUGCGAUCCGGGAAGAGGCUCGAACUCGACAUGUUGCGAUGUCAGCACCUGUAAGUUCACUGCGGGGGCGGUAUGUGAUCCGGACAGUAGCCCGUGCUGCACCGCGCAGUGUUCCUUCUCCCCGGCAACGCAGGUAUGCGGAGCGGCUCUGGAUCCUACGUGUGACACGACGGAGAUGUGCACUGGGAACUCGUCAGCGUGCCCUGCGGACUUGACGGCACCGAAUGGCAAGAGCUGUGGUUCGAACGGUCUUGCCUGUGCAAGUGGACAAUGCACGUCGCUGAAUGUGCAAUGCCAGAUGGUCGGCGCGUCGAUGAACUUGACAACAGCGUGUCCUAAUAAAGACAGCAAGUCUUGUCAAGUAUCCUGUAUCAACCCAGCAGAUCCAGGCCAGUGCAUUAUCCUGCAGUCAGAUCUCAUCGAUGGCUCUCCAUGCGGAUAUGGAGGCACUUGCAACAGCGGCAUUUGCCAGCCUGGCAGUGCAAUUGACACUUUUGACGCCUGGUAUAGGCAGAACCUGGACAUCUCCGUCCCUGUCACAAUCGCGCUCGCCGUAGUCCUCCUACUCGUAAUUUAUGCGAUCUACCGCUGUUGUACGGCUGAGCGUCGCAAGAAGGUACAGAAAGGAAGUGACAAAAGGGCGCUGCACUCUUCCGAGCCGGCACUAGCAAGAACACGAGCAUAUAGGAUUGGCGACGGGCCUUCGGGAGCGCAUGCGGCACGAUCUGUUGGGCCUGUACUGAGGUCAUCCCCCGAGGGUCGUUGGACGCCACAGGUGUUCCCUAAAACUGUGCAAGCUGCUCGAACUGGCGCUUCUAAUUAG